AUGGUCGGCAGCGUUCUCGCUGCCAUGUACGAUCAACUCAACUUCACCGACACCACGAUGACGGCCCCUACUAUCCUCACGCGUGGUUACGACGCGCUGGACUUCGUGACAAGUCGCUUUCGCCCCAAGGUCGAUAUCAGAUUGACCGGCCAAGAUGAAAGCCCCGUCCGUUCCUACACGACCUCGGACCGCAUUGAUGGAAGCGUCGUUGUUACUGUGGACAAUCGCACACCCUUUGAUCGGGUCGAGAUCUCAUUUGAAGGGACUACGAAAAUCUCCUUGGAGCGGGCCUCAGCUCUUGGCCGGACCGGCGCCACUCAUCCUUUCCUUAAAAUGCGCCAGCCGAUGACUGCAUAUGACUAUCCAAGUCCUCGUGUGUUGGAGAGUGGCCGUGUCUACACAUUUCCUUUUACUUUCGUCGUCCCCGAUAGGCUCGUCCCCCAUGCCUGCAGCCAUCCCAAGAAUAACGUGCAGAUCGGAUAUGCCCACAGCAUGCUUCCUCCCACGCUGGGGGAUCCCAUGCUUUCUGGGAACGGAAUGUCUCUGCUGGAUGAUUUCACGCCGGAAUUGUGCAGUAUCUCGUAUUGUAUUAGAGUAUCUAUCCUCAGGAAUCCCCCAGCGGGGAAAAAAUCAUGUGGGACCUUGGCUUCUGCUGCCAAGCGGGUACGCAUCAUCCCGGUCGUUGACGAGGAGCCUCCUUUGAAUAUUUCGAAGAGCGUUCCUGCAUAUUAUACCCGAAAGGAGAAAGACGUCAGACGCGGUUUUAUGAGAGGCAAAUUUGGACGAUUGACGAUGGCUGCGCCGCAACCCGGACCCAUCCAGCUGCUUUGCCCUAACCCGAAGGGAGCUACUGCGGAGAGUACGGCGUUGACGGUGAAUUUGAGAUUUGAUCCUGUGAGGGAUGAGCGGCCUCCUCCCUUGGGGUCUCUACGGAGCAAGCUUAAGGCGGCAACGUACUUCAGCACAUAUCCCUGGGAGGAUUAUCCUUUCAGCCUAGAAGAACUGACGGCGUUUGAUACGAAUCGAGGGCUCUACAAGGAGACUGUUACGCUCUCCAACUUCUGCGUCUCAUCUACUCAAUGGAUGGAGCAUUGCAUGCCAGCGAGAGACUGUCUCCAACCAAAGACUUACUAUACCGCGUCGAUCCUCAUGCCAAUCACACUCCCGAAGAAAAAGGCCUUUGUACCAACAUUCUACUCCUGUCUUAUUUCCCGCGUUUACUCUCUGGAACUCAACGUGUCUUAUGAGACGCCAAACGCGAACCUUCUCAACCCCUCGAUCACGUUGAAGCUUCCUAUCCAAAUUACGUGCCAGCCGGAGACGGGCCGAGAGACCGGGCCCUUGUCUUACGAGGCUGUGAUCCAAGAAGAUGCAGCGGAGGAAUACAUUCGUUCUCUUGGCGUUUGA